GUUUUGAUCCGGCUUAACAAUCGCGUUUUACGGAUUCGAGUUUGUUUUGAGUUUGUUUUUUAAAUAUUUUUUUGCAAUCAAACUCAUGGUUACUUAAAACUUUAACUCAAUAAAUUUGUAUUCAUUUAUUGUAUUUUUUAAGAUCUUUAAAUAUAUACAGAAGAAUCUAAUAGCAGUUCAUUUGGUAUCUUUAUACUGAAACAUCUGUCACACGAUGAAGGUUAAUAUUGAUGGCCUUUUAGUUUAUUUCCCUUAUGAUUUCAUUUAUCCAGAGCAGUAUUCGUAUAUGCUUGAACUGAAGAGGAGUCUUGAUGCUAAGGGGCAUGGCCUGUUGGAGAUGCCUUCCGGAACAGGGAAAACUCUUUCCCUGCUUUCUCUUAUUGUAGCCUAUCAUAAGACAUACCCAUCUGUUGUCACUAAAUUGGUGUAUUGUUCACGAACUAUUCCUGAGAUUGAAAAGGUAUUGCAGGAACUUCGGCGUUUACUGAAUUAUAUCGAAAAAGAAACAGGCCAGGAAAAUAAAAUUGUUGGGUUAUGUCUAAGUUCUAGAAAAAAUCUUUGUUGUCAUCCACAGGUAAGCAAGGAAAAGGAUGGCAGAAUUGUAGAUGGGAAAUGCUUUGCCUUAACAGCUUCUCAUAAAAGAGCAAUGGCAGCUGUAGACCCUAAUGUUGAUAUUUGCGCUUAUUUUGAAGCUUUUGAGAGAAAUGGGAGAGAGUUUCCAUUACCUGCUGGUGUGUAUGACUUGGAUGAUCUUAAGAACUAUGGAAAAAAACAUGGCUGGUGCCCAUACUUUUUAGCUCGUUAUGCUAUAACACAUGCUACAAUUGUAGUUUACAGUUAUCAUUACUUACUAGAUCCAAAGAUUGCUGAUCUUGUUUCUAAAGAGCUCAGCAAAACAUCUGUUGUUGUGUUUGAUGAAGCUCACAAUAUUGACAGUGUUUGUAUUGAAUCGAUGAGCGUUGAUAUCAAUAAAAGAACAAUUGAAAGAAGUCACAAUGGCAUUCAGAUUUUAGAAAAGACUGUUAAUAAAAUAAAGGAUACAGAUACAAGAAAGUUGCAAGAAGAAUAUCAGCGAAUGGUUGAAGGUCUGAGGGAGACUGGUAUUGCUCGAGAAACAGACAUUAUUCUUUCUAACCCAGUUCUUCCUGACGAAAUUCUCAAAGAGGCUGUCCCUGGUAACAUAAGAAGUGCUGAGCACUUCAUUGCAUUCUUAAAACGAUUUCUUGAGUAUGUGAAAAUGAGACUUAGAGUACAACAUGUUGUCCAAGAAAGUCCAGCUGCUUUUCUGAAAGAUAUUCUUUCAAAAGUUUGCAUUGAAAGGAAGCCCCUGAGGUUUUGUUCAGAAAGACUUCGAUCAUUAGUGCGGACUUUAGAAAUAACAGAACUAAAUGAAAUGUCAUCAUUAAUGGCAUUAUGCAAUUUUGCAACUCUUGUCAGUACUUACAUGAAAGGAUUCACCCUAAUCAUCGAACCAUUUGAUGACAGAACUCCAUCAAUACCAAAUCCUAUUCUUCACUUCAGUUGCAUGGAUGCUUCUGUUGCCAUUAAACCUGUAUUUCAACGAUUUCAAACUGUCAUUAUAACAUCAGGUACUUUGUCUCCUUUAGAUAUGUAUCCAAAGAUUUUAGAUUUUCGACCUGUCAUAAUGGCUUCUUUUACAAUGACACUAGCCAGACCUUGCCUUUGUCCAAUGAUUAUUAGUAAAGGAAAUGAUCAAGUCACUAUGACAUCCAAGUUUGAAACUAGAGAUGAUAUAGCUGUGAUUCGUAAUUAUGGAAACCUUUUGGUUGAAAUGUCGAACAUUGUACCAGAUGGAAUAGUUGGGUUUUUCACUAGUUAUACUUACAUGGAGGCUGUUGUAGCAGCAUGGUAUGAACAGGGGAUUAUUGAUAAUAUUUUGAAAAGGAAGUUAUUGUUUUUGGAAACACAAGAUUCCGGUGAAACUAGUUUAGCCCUACUUAAUUAUAUUAAGGCAUGUGAAAAUGGAAGAGGUGCAGUUCUACUUUCUGUAGCUCGAGGAAAAGUGUCAGAAGGAGUAGAUUUUGAUCAUCAUCUUGGAAGAUGUGUUAUUAUGUUUGGAAUUCCCUUUGUGUACACACAAAGCAGAAUAUUGAAGUCUCGACUUGAAUAUCUAAGGGAUCAAUUCCAAAUAAGGGAAAGUGAUUUUCUGACUUUUGAUGCCCUACGGCAUGCUUCCCAGUGUGUGGGACGUGCCAUCAGAGGAAAAACAGAUUAUGGUAUCAUGAUUUUUGCUGACAAGAGAUUUUCUAGAGCAGAUAAAUAUGGAAAACUUCCAAAAUGGAUUCAAGAAUACCUCUCGGAAUCUCUACACAAUUUAUCUAUUGAAGAAGGUGUUCAGAUAGCUAAGCGAUUUCUGCGGCAAAUGGCACAACCAUUUACAAGGGAGGACCAGCUUGGUAUAUCUUUACUCACAUUGGAACAAUUGGAAUCUGAAGAAGUAAAGAGGAAAAUUGAAUCAAGAGUUCAAUUGUUGUAAUUAUUGUAAAUAUUUUAAUAAAAUGUUUUAUUUUUA